CACACCGACAAUGCUGCCGCGCCGCGCGCGAGCGCGCGGCCGCCGGCGCUACUAGGAUCCUCGCGCGACUCACGCUGCGGCCGAGAGAGCCCGAGCUCCGGCUGGCCGAGGGCGACCAAUGCGCGAGCGCGCCCGGCACGCGAGUCGCGUGUCACCGAUGCCGCCGCCCGCGGGCGGGGAGGUCCCCGACGCGGCGGCCUCCUUCAGCGGCGCCGAUGGCGGGGAGAAGAAGCGGGAGCGGCUGCUCCCGAACGGCGACCUCUACACUGGCCAGUGGCGCGGCGCCGUGCCCCACGGCGCGGGGAAGUACCUGUGGGCGGACGGAUGCAUGUAUGAGGGCGAGUGGCGCUGCGGCAAGGCCACCGGCCGCGGCAGGUUCUCCUGGCCAUCGGGUGCCACCUACGAGGGCGAGUUCCUGGACGGCUUCAUGCACGGCGCAGGCACCUACGUCGGGUCCGCGGGGGACACCUACCGCGGCGUGUGGGCCAAGAAUCUCGAGCACGGCGCCGGCGAGAAGCGGUACGCCAACGGAGACCGCUACGACGGCGAGUGGCGCGCGGGCCUCCCGGAAGGGUGCGGCCAGUACGCCUGGCGCGACGGCACCGAGUAUGCCGGCGGCUGGCGCGCGGGUCUCAUCCACGGCCGCGGCGCACUCGUUUGGGCCAAUGGGAACCGCUACGACGGCGGGUGGGAGGGCGGCCGCCCGCGAGGGCAGGGAACGUUCCGGUGGGCGGAUGGUGGCCUCUACGUCGGGUUCUGGGGCCGCGAGGCGCCCGGCGGCGCUGUCCACCAGAAGGGCGUGUACUACCCGUCCACGGCGGCGGCGGGCGAGUCCCCUCGGACGCGCGACCCGAGGGAGGUGUUCGCGCGGGAAUUACCGGAGUGCGUGCGGUCCGGCACUGAGGCCCAGUCGGCGCUGACGUCUCUGAGAUCGCUCAAAUGGCUGGUGCGUUCGGUCAGUGGGCGCGGGAGCUCGUCGUCCGGCCGAAGCAAUGGCUCGGGAGGUAGCCUGGUGCACUUCUGGGGGUCGGACAGUGAUGUCAAGUGCGAUAGUGGGGACGACUGGAGGCGGCGGAGCGUGAGGGAGGGGAGGGGGCUGCCGCCCCCGUCGCCGUCGCCGCACGUGUCCAAGGGUGCAGUGCUGCGGGUGUCGAAGCGGCAGGGAGUGACCAUUGCCAAGGGGCACAAGAACUACGAGCUCAUGCUCAACCUGCAACUCGGGAUCAGGCAUGCAGUAGGAAGGCAAGGUCAAUCUAUAUUAGACAUGAAAUCAUCAGCAUUUGACCCAAAGGAGAAAGUGUGGACAAAAUUCCCUCCAGAGGGCUCAAAAUAUACCCCUCCACACAAUUCUUGUGAUUUCAAAUGGAAGGAUUACUGUCCAAAGGUGUUCCGAACACUGCGCAAGCUGUUCAAGGUUGACCCAGCUGACUAUAUGUUAUCCCUCUGUGGAGAUGAGGCUCUUCAUGAACUCUCGUCCCCUGGCAAGAGUGGAAGCUUCUUUUACUUGACGGAUGAUGAUCGCUACAUGAUAAAGACAAUGAAGAAAUCGGAAGUGAAGAUACUUCUGAAGAUGCUUCCAGCUUACUACAAGCAUGUUCGUGCAUUUGAGAAUACCUUAGUGACAAAGUUCUUUGGUCUACAUUGUGUAAAGUCGGGAGUACACCAGAAGAAGGUUCGUUUUGUCAUAAUGGGAAACCUUUUCUGCUCUGAUCAUCCAAUUCAUAGACGAUUUGAUCUUAAAGGAUCAUCACUUGGCCGUAUAACUGAUAAACCGCAGGCAGAGAUUGAUGAGUAUACAACUCUGAAAGACCUUGAUCUUAACUUUAUCUUUCGGUUACAGAAACAAUGGUUCGAAGAGUUCCAAAGGCAAGUGGACAAGGACUGUGAGUUCCUCGAGCAGGAGAAGAUUAUGGAUUACAGUCUUUUGGUGGGUGUCCAUUUUAGAGGUAAGGGAGAGAUACCUGCUUCUGAAGGUUGGUUGGAAACUCAAAUGCUGACAUUAUUAUGUGCAUUGGUUGAAGGUGCCAUUGACAUUGAUGGUGACAAACCUGCAACACCUCGCCUUUCAAGAUGGGACAGGGAUCACUUUCUUUCUGAUCCAAACAGGUGGUCGAAAAUUAAACUUGGGGCAAACAUGUUGUCAAGAGCUGAAAUGACAAUUCGAAGGAACGACAAUGAUGUUUUUGGAGACCCAAAUGGGGAGUACUGUGAUGUCAUAUUGUAUUUUGGGAUUAUAGACAUACUCCAAGACUAUGAUAUCGGCAAGAGGCUUGAGCAUGCGUACAAAUCUUUUCAAUAUGACUCAACGUCCAUUUCAGCAGUAGAUCCAAAACAAUAUUCUAGCCGCUUCAAAGAUUUCAUAUACAAAGCAUUCCAAGAAGACAAAGUAGACGGCUGAUAUCAUAUUGAGACUUUGCGGCUGAUAUUGUUUGUGGAUUCAAAAGGUGAAAGAUCAAGCUGCGCACAGUGCAGUGUGACAUUUAGUCGGCGGGCUUGUACAUUAUCAGUUUACUGCACCAUACAGGAGUUCAGCAGCUUCUGUAGAAGGCAUCAGGAUUAUUGAGUUGCUGAAUAGGCUGGUGGUCCCCCGGUUUCCAGGAAUCAGAUUGGCUGUCAUGUAAAUAUAAGCAAUGUGCACAGAUACAGAGUUCAGUAAUAUUAACAAAGAGUAGGAAAUGUAACUUGCAGAAUCAAAUUAUACAUAGAAACAUGUAACCGAAAGUGCCAAGACAUUCAGGGGUUGUAAAUGCUCUUUGCCUAAGGAUAACGUGGGCGUGGGCACCAUUCUCUUCUAACUGUCUCGAAACCUUUCAAUAGAUUGAGAGGAAAAUUUUCAAAUUCUCAG